AUGAGUAAAUCGCCAGUCAGUUCUCUUGAACCAACAGCUAUAGCUAGGCUGGAACUUCAGGCAGCUUUGCUAGGGGUACGUCUUGCAGACACAAUCACUCGGAAACAGAGACAAAAAAUCAAUCUCCGUUAUUUUUGGUGUGAUUCGCGCGUAGCCUUGUCGUGGAUUCGAAGUGAUGCACUUAACUAUAAAGCAUUCGUCGCGAAUCGGGUCGGAGAGAUUUCAGAAUCAACCUUACCGCGCGAAUGGCGUUGGGUACCGUCCGAUCUUAAUGUAGCAGAUGACGCCACUCGCGUGAGUUCUAAAAGUGUGGUUGAACUUAACAGAUGGUUGAACGGACCGUCCUUUUUGAUGUCACCUGAAGAGGAAUGGCCAGUAGAGCCCGAAGGGCCGGUCCCCGUUAUUGGUCAGGACCUCAAGUGUCAUCAAACUUCUUUGGCAGAUUUUCGGCUUCAUUUUAAUGUUGUUCCAAAUUCUAAAAACUUUAGUAGCUGGCUGCGGCUCUUACGAGCCACGGCCAGAGCUCAUCAGUUUUUACGCUUACUUAAGGAAAGUAGAUUAAGAUCUGGAAAUAAUAAUGAUCAUUUUCGGAACCACUACCUAAAUCCAGUAAAAUUGCUAGUUUCCAUUAAGCAGACUUCAGAUGGCCUUCUUCGUCUAGAUGGGAGAGUAUCUGCUACGCCUGAUCUCUGUAAUGAUGUCAAGUAUCCUCCGAUUUUAGAUGGUCGUCACCACAUCAUCCACUUACUUAUUCAUUACUAUCACGUUUGGGCUUGUCACGGAUAUAACGAGACCGUUGUGAAUGAGUUGAGACAAAGGUUUUGGAUUUUUCACUUACGUCCUACUGUUCGCUCAAUCGCUGCUAGAUGUCAAGCAUGUCGUCUGAGAAAGGCUUCUUCUUCCAUUCCACCUGAGGGAGAUUUGCCGGUUUGCAGAUUAGAACACCAUCAGCAUCCAUUUUUAAACACCGGACUUGAUUACUUUGGACCAGUUGACGUUAUCAUUGGAAGGAGACACGAAAAACGCUAUAUUGCGCUCUUUACCUGUCUUUCCAUCAGAGCAGUUCAUUUAGAGCUUAUUGGCAAUUUGAGUGCAGAUGCUGCUAUAAUGGCACUUAGACGUUUUAUGUCACGCCGUGGAGUACCAAAGAAGAUUUUUUCUGAUAACGCCAAAGCAUUUGUCAUUGCCAAUCGUGAAAUAAGAUUUAUGUGGAGAACUAUGAAUCAUACAGAAGUGGCAGAGUAUGCGGUAUCGCGCGGCAUAGAAUGGAAUUUUAUCCCACCGCAGUCGCCUUUCAUGGGUGGAUGCUGGGAGAGGCCGGUUCAAUCGGUCAAGAGAGCGUUGACAGCUACGGUCAAGAGUAAAUCAUUUAAGGAAGAAAUUCUCAUAAUAAAUUCUCAUAGUAAAGCCCUAAGAUUAGUAGAUCACUUUUGGUCUAGAUGGCUCAAAGAAUAUGUGCCCAGUUUGACACCACGCAGAAGCCAGAACUCUCAGCUACGAUAUUCCAAUUUGUCAGUAGAUGACAUAGUCUUGAUUGCUGAUGCGAAUAUGCCACGGGGAUUUUGGCCUAAAGGCCGUAUAAGUAGAGUGUUUCCUGGUCAUGAUGGAAUAGUGCGUGUGGCGGACGUAGCCACAACUGGAGGAGUUCUUAGGCGUCCCUCGAGUAAACUUAUCAAGCUGAGCACUGUGUAA